AUGCCGCAGCUUAUGCGGCCGACGCUUCUGCUGCCGCUGCUGGCUCUACUAUUGCUGUUGCUGCUAAAAGCUUUUGCUGCUGCUGCUACUGCUGCUGCUGUUGCCGCCACUGCUUCUGCUGCUGUUGGCGCCGCUGCUUCUGCUGUUGUUUCUGCUACUGCAAUUUCUGCAACUGCUACAUCAUCAUCAGCUGCUCCCUCUUCUGCUGACGCGUCUUCCUCUUCUGUCACUGCUGCUGCUGCUACUGCUGUUGCUGGUGGUGCGCUUGCUGCUGUUGCUACUGUUGCUGCUGCCACCGCUGUAUCCGAUGCUUCUGUGUCUACUGUUUCAGAUGCUGCUGACGCUCUGUCUUCUUCUUCUUCUUCUUCUUCUGCUGCUGAUGCUGCUGCUUCUGCCGUUGUCUCUGUUGUUGAUAGUGCUACUGCUACUUCCGCUGUUGCUGCUAAUGCUGCUGCUGUCGCCGAUACUGCUGGUGCUACGUCCGUUUUUCCUGCAGCUUCUGUUGUUGCCGAUGUUCCUGCUGCUGCUGCAGCUCCCGCCGCUGUGUCCGAUGUUUCUCCUGUUGCUGUUAGUGUUGCUGCUGACGCAGCGUCUUCUGCUACUGCUGGUGGUUUCGCUGAUGAUGAUGACGAUGAUGCUUCUCCUGCUGUCCCUUCUGAUGCUGCUACUGCUCUUGUUUUUGCUGUGGCUCCUGCUGCUGCUGCUGCUGCUGCUACUACUUCUGCUGCUUCUGGUACUGUUGCUUCCGCUAUUGUUGUCGCUGCUGCUGCUGCUGCUGCUUCUGCUCCUGAUGCUACUGCUGCUUGUGCUGUUGUUGCUUCUGCUGCUGCUAUUACCGCUUUUGAUACCGCUGCACUGGUCCUGCUCCUGCUACCGUUGCUGCUUCUGCUGCUUGCCGCUGCUGCUGCCAAGUCGCUGAUGCUGCUGCCGCUGCUACUGCUAUUGGCGUUGCUGGUGCUGCUGUUUCCGCAGCUGCUGCCGGUGCUGCUGCUUCUGCUGCCACUAGCGCUGUUGCGGUCACUGCUGCUGCUUCUGCCGCCACUACUGUUUGUCCUCCUGUUGCUGCUGCUGGCGCUGCCAUAUCUGAUGCUGCUGAUGAUGCCUCUCCCGCUGCUGCUACUGCUUCUGCUGCUGCCGGUGCAAUUGCUGCGUCCGCUUCUGCUGCUAAUGUGUCUGCUGUUGCAACGGCACCAGCAGCAGCACCAACAGCGGCAGCUGCAGCAGCAGGAGUGGCUGCAAUAG